AUGACUACGUAUCGAUAUAAUAAAACAUUAAGCAAACGAAAUAUGUGGAUAGGCGAAACGCUUUCUCUUUAUUAUCGUAUAUUUUUUUAUUACUUAUACUCUGGAAAAGGUAUUGAUGCAUAUCGAACAAGCGGAAUUGAUCGGCGUGUAUUAAUCCAUAUAUAUUCACUUGUUUUAACAAUUCGUCUUUUUUCUUUUCGACAUUAUCGAGCAAAAUCUUAUGGUGAAGAUUUACGUGCUAAUUUACGUAAUGUUAUUGUACCAUUUACUAUUAUUCCACUUUCAAUAUUUUGUUUCAAUAAAUUUAUUUGUUUAUUUUUUUUAAUAUUUAUUUAUCCAUUAUGGGCAUUGAUUGGUUCAAUUUAUUUAUCAAUAUAUGAUACAAAAAAUUCUCAAACUAUAAAUCAAUAUUUUUAUGAACAAUUAUUAAAACCAAAUUAUUGGUUUGCAACAUGGCGUAUGAAUUGUACAAUUGUUGCUUAUCAUUCAUAUAAAAAGUGGGAACAAACUAAACAACAAUAUUCGAUGGAAGAUAAAGGUCGAUUUUUAAUUGAAGGAAAAAAAUUAAAUAUACCAGUAACACCUAUAUUAGAAAUACCUCGGAUUAUGAUUAAACAUAAAUCAAUUGAAGGUGGAAUGGGAAUAAAUGUUUAUGAUAAUUUUGCUAUAAAUGAUGGUGACUGGAUUAUUCAAAAAGUAUUUUCAAAUAGUGAUUUUAUUCAAAAUCUUGUCACAUCUAAUGCACCACUUUCAACUGUUCGUAUAAUAACUUCACGUGAUUCUUCAUCAUCAUUAAUUAAAGUAAAAACAAUGGUUUUUCGUGCUGGUCGUUUUCAACAAAAAACUGAUCAUAAUGCAAUUUUUUAUAAUAUUGAUUUUAAUUCUUCACAUUGUUUAUCAAGUGGAACAACGAAUCGUCAUUGGUAUCAAAGUGGUUUAAAAUCAUUUGAUACAACAAGUAUGUGGCAAGGACAAAAUUAUUCUAUUCAUCCUGAUUCUUAUCAACAACUUGAAGGUAUUAAAUGGCCGAAUGUUAAUGAAAUGAUUCAAUGUGUUUCUCAUGCACAUGAAAUCUUAUGUCCUGAUAUACCUAUUAUUGGAUGGGAUGUUGCAUGGACAAAUGAAAAUAAUCAACUGAUGUUACUUGAAUUAAAUAUUUCAUGUAAUUUUUUUAAUGGACAUUUUGAUACAAAAGACUAUACAAAUUUUUGUUAUGAUUGGUUUCAUACACUUGAUAUUUAA